GAUAUCAGACCAGCUGGAUUCAACUCUUGAAUAUUCACAGUAUUUUUGGCAAAUUUACACGUUUCCCCCCAAAAAAAUGUCCUUUGAGAUGAGAAACGUAGAUUAUCCUGUAGCCUCUGAGCUAAAUUCAGAGAGCUGUGGCACCACCACCCAAAAAAAGAGGAAGGCCAGCACAGGACCAGAGUCCCCCAGAAAAAGGCAGAGGUGUGCCCGUGGACCCGCUCAGCUGGCAUCCGAGGCUGCGCCAGCAAAGCGUGGCAAAAGGAAGGCCAGCACCGAAAGGGGGACACCUGAAAAGAAGCUAAAGUGUGAACCCAGCCACACAAACUCCAGUGAAGCCAUCAGGGGGGCUAACUGGACGGAGCAGGACAACGCUGAGAAGCUGCUGGCCUCAGAGACUCCCGGGUCAACAAACAGGGAGCGUGCCUGUGACCCUUCCCCAGACUGCAGCACUCCAUCAGCCUCCAUACCAGACAGUGGGAGCGCAUUCCUCCCAUUCACACAAGACAGAGCUCGAUUUGAGGCGACGUACAAGGAGCUUCACAAGCUCGGAGAAGGAGGCUUCGGCUCAGUUUAUGCUGGGUUGAUGAUGGACAGCUUCCCAGUGGCGAUCAAACACAUCGCAAAGGAAGAUGUGGAAUAUGAAGAAAUGGUCUUUAAUGGGAAGACAUACAAGAUCCCACUGGAGGUUCUCCUAAUGCAGAAAGUGGGCGGUGAACCCCUGUCAGUAGGCACUUCUCCAGCUAUCUCAAUGCUAGAUUACUUUGAGCUAGAGGAGGAGGUCCUUCUGAUCAUGGAGAGACCAGUGCCAUGUGAGAGCCUGUAUAGCUAUCUAGAGAACAAUGGUGGACCCCUGGACGUGCAUGUUGCUAAGAACAUCAUGAAGCAGCUGGUUGACGCAGCCAUAAUGAUGCACAACAAAGGGGUCUUCCACCGGGAUCUCAAGACAGAAAACUUGCUCCUGGAAACCGGCUCCAGUGACCUGCGAGUGCGGAUCAUAGACUUUGGUUGUGGCUGCUGGGUACAGGAAGAGCCACAAUGCGUCUUCUCUGGAACCUCAGCGUACGCCCCUCCAGAGUUUUUCACACGAGGGACGUAUGAGGCUAUCCCCACCACAGUCUGGCAGCUGGGCGCGCUGCUGUACGAAAUGCUGUAUGGAGUGCAUCAAUUUCGUACCACUAGAUUCGUCCGCAAGAAAAGACCUUUUAACAAAGUCCUACACAAAGACUGCCGGAACUUUUUGAAGCAGUGUUUAACUCGAAGCCCACAACAUCGGGCCACCUUGGAGCAGAUUCAGCAGCACCCCUGGCUGCAGGAUCAAACUCAAGUCACACCUUAAACACUUGCUAAGAUGCCUGGACUUUGAUCUC